UGCUGGAUCUCCUCCACUGUGCUUCAGAAGCUCCUGGAAGACGAUCUGAGUGCAGAAAUCCCUCAAACUCUGACUGAGAUGUACAUCCACUUCUUACUGAUUCAGAUCAGCAUGAGGAACCAGAAGUAUGAAGAGAGAGAUCCAGAGAAACUCCUCCAGUCCAACCGAGAAGUGAUUGUCAAACUUGCUGAAGUGGCUUUCAAACAGCUGAUGAAGGGCAAUGUGAUGUUCUACAAGGAGGACCUGAUUGAGAGCAGCAUAGAUGUCUCUGACUCAUUGUAUUCUGGGAUCUGCACUGAGAUCUUUAAGGAAGAAUCUGUGAUUCAUCAGAGGAAAGUCUACAGCUUCAUCCAUCUGAGCAUUCAGGAGUUUCUUGCUGCUUUACAUGUGUUUUACUACCACAUAAGCAACACCACAAAAGCAUGUUUCGAUUCACUGCAUAAUCUCCAUGAAAGAGUAGUAGAUAAGACCAUCGUGAGUGAGAAUGGGCGCCUGGAUCUGUUCCUGCGGUUCCUGCUGGGCAUCUCACUGGAGUCCAAUCAGAGCCUCUUACAGGAUCUACUGACACGCACAGAGAAAAGCUCGGAGAGCAUCGGGAGAAGCACACAGUACAUUAAAGAGAAGAUCAGAGAUGGACAUCAACUCUCCACUGAAAGAUCCAUCAAUCUGUUCCUCUGUCUGCUGGAAGUGAAAGAUCAGACUCUGUCCAGGGAGAUUCAGGAGUUUGUGAAAUCAGAUAAACACUCGGAGAAGAGGCUCUCCCCUGCUCACUGCUCAUCAAUCGCCUACAUGCUUCAGAUAUCAGAGGAGGUGCUGGAUGAGCUGGAGCUCAAGAAGUACAACACGUCAGAUGAGGGCAGAAGAAGACUGAUACCAGCUAUCAGCAACUACAGAAGAGCACUUCUUGCUGGCUGUGAUCUCUUUGCUCCGGAUUGUGAAAUUGUAUCAUCAGUUCUUCAAUCUACAAACUGUGUCCUAAGAGAGCUGGACCUGAGUAACAAUGACCUGCAGGAUUCAGGAGUGAAGCUGCUCUCUGAUGGACUAAAGAGUCAAAACUGUCAGCUGGAGAUACUGAGGUUGUCUGGCUGUAUGGUGACAGAGGAAGGCUGUGGUUUUGUCUCUUCAGCGCUGAGUUCAAACCCCUCACACCUGAGAGAGCUGGAUCUGAGCUACAAUCACCCAGGACCAUCAGGAGUCCAGCUGCUCAAACAUAAGCUGGAGAAUCCCCGCUAUAAACUGCAGAAACUCAAUUUGGACCAUGGAGGACAUUUCAGGAUCACAUCUGGACUGAGAAAAUAUGCCUGUGAUCUCACACUGGAUCCAAACACGGCACACAAUCAACUGGUAUUGUCUGAGGAGAACAGAAAGGCAACAAAUGUGAAAGAUUCCCAGCCGUACCCCGAUCAUCCAGAGAGAUUUGAGCAACAGGAGCAGGUUCUAUGUAAACAGACUCUGACUGGACGCUGUUACUGGGAGGUGAAAUGCAGCGGCUCAUGUCAAGUAGGAGUGGUUUACAGAGGAAUCAACAGGAAAACUGGAAGUAACUGUCGGUUCGGACGCAAUGAAAACUCCUGGACUCUGUACUGCUAUGAUGAGGUGUACACAGUCUGGCACAAUAAUAAGAGCACAGAAAUCAUUGCUCCUUCAGCUCGUACUAAUAGAGUAGGAGUGUAUGUGGACGUGUCCUCCGGCUCUCUGACCUUCUACAGCGUCUCCGACACACUCACACACAUACACACAUUCAACACCGCAUUCACUGAAGAACUCUAUGUUGGAUUUAGCGUUUAUCCUGAAUCUUCAGUGUCUCUUUUUGAGAUAUAACGCCACUGAAAUGUAGUUAUUGUCUUCAACGUUCAGCCGCACCACUUGAGACUGUUUAUGAGCACUUAUUCUCACAUACAGCAGUAACUGUGAUGAGUAUAGAAAUCAAGCGUUAUCCGUUAGUUCACCCUACUGAAUAAAACAGCUUAA